AUGGAUGUCUGGGGGGAGGAAGCCAGUCCUCUUAAGAAAUGGAGCUCUUAUUUCCCAGAUUUUAAUUUACUAUGGGAGGACCUGACGAACAGAUUAGAGACUCAUUUAGUAGACCAAGUGGCUGCGAUUUUUUAUAAAAUCUGGGCUAGAAGGAACAGCUUUGUGUUUCACAAUAAAUUUCUUAGUCCUUUGGUUCUAAUUCAAACAGCAAUAGAUGAUAUUGAAGUCUAUAAAGAAUUACAUUUGAAAGUUCCUAGCAGUAUAGAGAAUAUUUCCUUGCAAAAUUCUGUUGUGCAGUGGAGGCCUCCGUGUGAUCCUUUCUUUAAACUAAACUUUGAUGCAGCUUUUGAUUCUGAAAAAAGAAUGAUGGGGAUCGGCAUUGUGGUUAGGGACAGCAGGAGUAAGCUGUGCCAAGAGUUGGGCAUGCAGCAGGUGAUCUUUGAGGGUGAUGCUAAGGUAGUCAUAGAUGGCGUUAAUGGUAUUAAAUCCAAUUGUUCUUGGCAAGGACAGUUACUGGACGAUAUGAAAUUUCUUUUAUUGAGGCAUACGGAUUGGAAGCUGCAUUUUGUCAAAAGGAAUGGGAAUAAGGCUGCUCACAGUGCAGCAAAGAUAGGCAUGUAUUUAGAAAAUGAGGUUGUUUGGAUUGAAGAUGGUCCUUCUGAGGUUCUGUCAGCUAUUUUCUUUGAUAAACAAUGUAUUCCGAUUUUGAGUUAA